CAACAGAUGGGGAAGCUCCGAAAAGGAGGGGAAGCUGACAUCGAGACCACAGCGAGAAUAGUUCUCUAUGAUUGGCAGAAGGGACGCAUACCCUACUUCGAGUUGCCACCCAAGGACGCCGACGACGAUGAGGAGGAGGAGGAAGUGGAAGAGGAAGAGGAAGUGAAUGUGACGGAAGGGGAUGAUGGGAAGCAGUUGAUCAGCAUUCAUCAAGAUCUGUCGAGUAUCGAUGAGGCCCUCGGGGGUAGUGUGGAAGAGGACCCCGCGGCCCUGGAUGUUGACGCCGACGAGGAAGAGGAGGAGGAAGGAGAGGCAUCGGCUCCUUCGAAACGCACCAAGGCAGCCACAGCUGUUGAGGCGGCGACUGCAGCGGCAGCUGAGGAAGUCGACUGGGAUAGGCUACAGGAGGACUUUGAUCAAGAGGAGUAGAGGUGCCUUGUCUAUUAAUACGUAUUAUACUGUCCUGGGAACUCGAGGACUCUUGAGAUCCCUCAACAUUGGAUGUUGUUACUACUAUACGCUUGUUUCUUGUCAA